AUGUCCAUAACAUUCAGUCAUCUCAUAACAGGUGCCAACUGCCACCUUGACCAAGUAACCCAGGAUGGGAUUGUUUCCCCGGGAAUAGGGAAGACACGAAUAUGGAUUGCCACAUGGAAAUCGAUCGCCGACUUUGAGGCCUGGUGGGAGUCCGACAGUGUUAUCAAAUUUUGGUCGUCUCUGCCUCCUGAUGCAGGCAUGUGGCGCGAGUUUGUCAAGGUUCCUUACGGUCGAUCCCAAUACAAAGCCACACAAAACCGGCAAGAUGGGCAAGGGGUCCAUUUCGCCCACAAGCCGACUGAAAAGAAUGGUUACUGGGGUUGGAUCAGAGAUUCAAUCAGAGAAUUGUCAAAAGAAAACCGCAUGGAUUCCCCUCUGCUGGUGCCACCAAUACCGGAACGAAAGGCCUCUCUCAAAGAGAAGACUUUGGGACGUGUCACAUUCAAUGGAUUUCCAGACAAUCUCUGCUUUAACCUUGAGAGACAGGACCUUUCCGAGAUGACGGGGGCUGAAAGAGGCGUUUGGUUUGACCAAUUUGAUCAAGCUGCCUGCAAGUGGAUGGACGAUCUGGCUCACGCAGCCCCGGAAGCGGGAAUUCUAACAUCUCGUAUGUGCUACGACGAGCGCCUGGGGACCUACAAAGAGGGGGAUAGCGAGUUCCACAAGUACAAUAGAAAAGUCGAACUUUUCUACUUCAUGGAUCUUAGGUCUAUGGAAAGAGCGGGUCGAUCUAACAAAGGCCAUGUUGCAUUGCGUAACAAUAUUUUGAAAACAUAUGGACCUGGUGGGAUUAUGUCGGAAUGUGGGAAAGUAGCCUUGUGGGUGGAGACAAACAUACUUAAGGCCCCUGAAAUUGAUGCUGAGUAUGUUGGAUGCGUUCCUGGGACGGGCUUUAUGGCUUACCAGAACCAUGAAGCAUUUCGAUGUCACAAGGAGGCGAGUCCUUGCCAACAUGCAAAGGCAUGA